CGUGCGCGGCCGCCGCGGGAAGGGCCCCGCACAACACAAAAUGGCGCCCGCGGCGUGAGGGGAGCAGCGGGCGGGGCCUAAACGUGAGGCGGGAAGAUGGCGCUGGGCCGCGCGGCCGCGGCGCUGAGGGCGGCGCUGAGUGCGGCGGGGACCCCACUGUGGACGCGGAACCACCCCCGGCUCUGCAGCUCCCAGGAAGCCCCCAAAGCCCCCGAGGACCCCAAAGCCCCCAAAGAGCCCCCGUCGAAGUACCUGGAGCGGCCCUGGGAGUACCUGGAGAGUGAAGAGUACCGGCUGACCUACGGGGACAGGCCUGUCUGGUUCGGGUACCGGCGCAACCACAAGGGAGCCAUCCCCCCCCAGCGCACCCGCAAGGCCUGCCUGCGCCGGGGGAAGCCGGUGGGGAACCCCUGUCCCAUCUGCCGGGACCGCAACCUGCUCGUCGACUUCAGGAACGUGAAGCUCCUGGAUCAGUUUAUUUGCCCCCACUCGGGGGUUGUUUUCCACCCCACAUACACCGGGGUCUGCAUGAGGCAGCACAAGCUCCUGUCCAAGGCCAUCGCCCAGGCCCAGGACCACGGGCUGCUGUGGCUGCAGGUGCCCUACGUGCCCACUCCCCGUGAGGACUUCUCCAACCAGCACCCGGCGGUGGGGAAGACGCCCCCGGCGCUGCGGGACCCGGGCGGGUUCUGGUACAGCUGGUACGAGCGGUGGUCGCCGCCCCCCGCCGAGAUCGCGCGGAUGCGCCGCCUCUACCGCGGCUUCCUCAAGGAGGAGCAGCCCCCGCUGGCCCCUCAGAGCCCCGCCGGGGAGAAACAGGUGGAAUAAAAUGGUUAAAAACCCCUCAAA